AUGAAUAAUUUCCAUUACUCGCUCUCUGCCGAGCAGCUUCAGAGUUUCCAGGAGUGUGGAUACCUGCUGGUUCGCAGUUUCUUCACUUCCGAGGAAUCGGAGCUGUUGCGGGAAUGGGCGCAGGAAGUUCACGAUCUUCCAUGCACCCCUGACGUGCCCUGGAUGCCCUAUCAAGAGGUGAAUUCCGAAGGCAAACGCGUGCUGUGUCGUACGGAAAACUUUGCCAACUCGCAUGCCGGAUUCGAUAGUUUCCUCCGAGGUCAGCGUGCAACAAGUGUUCUUGAACAGCUUGCAGGGGAGGAGAUGCUUCUUUUCAAAGAAAAGAUUAACUACAAGUUGGCAGGAAGUGGUGGUUUCGAUCCUCAUAUCGAUGCCAAUGCCUACACACAUGUUAAAAACAUCAAGCAUUUGACUAUUCUUGCGGCAGUCGAUGGAAUGAAUGCAGCCAAUGGAGGUCUGGAAGUGGUGAACGGCAGCCACCGCAUGGAUAUUCCUCUCGGUAGCGAUCGCUGUAUUGCAACGGAUUGGGUCGAAAGCAAUGUAUGGACACCGGCUGAGCUUGAAUCAGGUGAUAUCUUGAUUUUUGGCUCGUACCUGGCCCAUCGCAGUGGCGCCAAUGUUAGCUCGAAGGAUCGCCGUGCAAUCUAUGCAACGUACAAUUGUGCCGCCGAAGGUAAUCUGCAUGACCAGUACUACUCUGACCGUCAGAAGCUCUGGCCUGCCACACACAUGCGGGAAAACGGACAGUCCUAUGAGGAAGGUCGUGCGCGAUAUGCCUUUGGGUCCCCUAUGUUAACUGUGGAUUCCAAGGUCAUCCCGGCUUGA